AAUAAACACUAAAGCUUGUCCUUGAACAUAAAGUAGAUAGAAGAUAGUCUAGUGUAAAUGGGUACAAAAAAUGAAUUAUUUCAUGAAUAAAGCAACGAAAUUAGAAAAGAAAUGUUUAAGGAGUUUAAAAAGGAUAACAAGCAGUGCGGGGACAAUAAAAUAUUCGGUGCAAAAGUGAAUUUUAGCCGCAAAAAUAAUAACAACCUUCUUGAAAUUAUUGUUGGUGCUUCAAAUGUCAAGAGAUGGAAUAAAUUAAAAAAAGCCUUUUUAUGUAUUUCAAAUGAAGAAUUCGUCACUAAAUUACUUGAUUUGGCACAGAAAUAUCAUCACAGUAACGAUGAAAAACUAAUUGUAAAUAGAAAAUUCAAUAAAACAACAUUGACUGAAAAUAGUGUAAAGCCAUCAGUAGAAUACAGAAUGGUGGAAACUAAGAGAAAGAAUUCUAAGAAGGCAGUGAUUGAGAUAAAUAAAAAUAAAGAAAAUAAGCCAAAGGAACCUCAAAAAGAAAAUCUGUAUGAAACUGUCUGUGAAAAUUCAACCCUUUGCGAAUUUAAUAAUUUACUUUGUGACUUUACUGAGCAAACUAUAAGUGAUACUAAUGUUACUAAAUCUGAUGACUUAAUUGAUUUACACACUAAUAUAAUUGAUUCAGAAAAUAAAAUAAACAAUUUUGAGAUAGACUGUGACAAGAGUGAUAUUAAUGAUGAUACUAAAAGAAAAAGAAAACCAGCAAAUAGCACCCUUAUUGGAACAAAUGUAGAAAAUGUACCUAAAAACCAUGAAAGGAAAAGGUCCAAUAAGAAGAAAAAGAAUAUUCGGACUUAUGACGUUCGUAAGGCUCCAGAAUUGCAAGAACAGAUAGAAGAAAUAUCUACCAAAAAAGAUUCAUUGCUUGAUUCAGCAACUUCUAUUAUUGAAAGUAAAAAUGAAGAUAAUAAUAAAAAAACAAAGAAGUCCAAAAUGUGUUCAAAUUGUGAUACAAGCCAUUCAAAAUACCGUUGUCCCUUAGAAGACCCAGUGUCUUCAAUCUGUGACAGAAUCUCUAAAGAAGAAUGGACUUUUAAAUACUCACAGCAGCAGGAAGAUGAUGAAAACUAUAAUAUUGCUAAUAAAUCGCUUUCAGAAGAAUUUACAGACUCAAGUUAUUCAAACAUGUCAUUACCUAAAAUCUUUUGCUUGCUGGAUUCCAAUACAUCACAUGGCAUUAGUGUUUUUGCAAAAUCUGUAAUAAAUUCAUUUACCCAGUUUGGACCUUUAAUUGCUAAAUCAGUAAAAGAAGUUGACAUACCAGAAGACUUUCCAAUGAGAGAGUUAUGGAUGAUAUUUGGUAAAGACUCAUAUACAUAUUGGAGAACUGAUUAUUUAAAUGAAUGUAAUUGGUUUCGAUACUUGAGACCGGCUCCUACAAGGGAACAGAGAAACACAACUGCUGUAUGUAGAAACAAUUCAUUGUUUUUGAUUUCUAUAAAAACUAUUGGACAGGGAGAAGAAGUUUUGUAUUGGCAGGAUGACAACUUGAAUUUGAAUAAGAAGAAAAUGGGAAAAACUAAUUGUGGAGGUUGCAAUAUGGUGUUUACUCACCCAUUAUAUUAUAGAACUCACUGUACAAUUUUUCACGACAUACGUUAUAGUUUAACAAUAAGAAAAUUUCAUUGUAAAGUAUGUGGAGCUGCAGUUUUAGGCAAAGAAAAUAUAAUGAAGCAUGCGGCUGAGCUUCAUAAUGGUCAAGGAGCCUAUCAGUGCCAGUUUUGUAAAAAGUUUUUCUUGAGAUUGAAUUAUCUGGACAUGCACAGAACAUAUGGGUGCUCAGCUAAUCCUCACAGGACGUGGCCUUUGUGCGACUUUUGUGGGAAAAAGUUUUGUCAACCACAGAAGCUAAAAAUACACAUUAAAAGAAUGCAUAAUGACAUUUCUGAAGUUUUGAAAGAAUUCCAAUGUAAGAGUUGUUUGAAAGUUUUGGGGUCUCGUGCAGCCCUUCAGAGACAUUUAAAAGAAGUACAUAACAAGCAAAUUGAAGGCUCAUGCGCUUGUUAUCGAUGCGGAAAACUUUUUCAAAAUAAGUCAAAUUUAAAAAUUCAUAUGUUAACGCACAGCGGCAUUAAACCAUUUAGAUGCAAAGAAGACAAAUGUAAUGCUGCUUUUACAACUAAACAAUGUUUGCAAUUUCAUUAUAAAAAAACUCACGGUUUUACCGAAGAGGUGAUGCCCAAAAUAGAGCGAUCCGUUGAUUACACUUUCGAAGCUUACAGUGGCAUGGAAAACAUGGAGAAUGAACAUAAAGAUUUUACUACACCCGAUAACUCAUUCGACUGUGAUAACGAUGAUAACGAAGAAAACGAGGACAGUAUAGGUGAGCAAAAUGUUGAUGAUCCUGGUGACAUAGAAUUAGAGGCCUCAUUACAUGAUGAACCUGUUCAGCAAUUAAUACAAACACCGCCGCCUCCAAAUCAACCAGAGUCUCUUUUCACAAUGAAAAUUUUAAGUAAAGGCAGUAAAAAAUGGUUAGGAGAACAAUUAGACUCUCUUAAUCCAAGCAGUUUAGAAACUAAUCCACUCAAGACUGUUGAUAAAUCGUCCUUUGUGUGUUCAAAGCCUCAAAAUUUUGAAGUUGCUAAAGUUACGUUAGGUUUGAAUGCAUUCGGACGCCACGAGUCUUCCAAUGCUAGUUUGUUAGUCGAAGCUGCCCUUGGAUCUGUGGCAGAUAUAAACUGUAAUGAUUCAAAUAUUGACAUAGAUGUUAGUGGAACACCCAAUAGUACAGACGCUCUAGUCAGUAACAUAUGUACUUUGCCCAAUACCGAUGAAUUGCCAGAUGUACCCUAUAGUGGUUCUGUUGAUGUAACUGAGCACAGAAACAUAGGUCUAAUUUCUCCCUCAGUUAACGGAAAUAUUUCCGUCACAGACGAUCUUAAUACUGAACUGCAUAAUGACGAAAAUGUAGGAAUCGACUAUUCAAGUUUUCAGGAAGGAGAUUUCAGUUCAAAUAACAGUCCUGAAAACGAAGAACACAAUGGAUUUCGUUGUGACUACACAAAUGGAAAUCGCACCGCGCCACAAGAAGAUAAUAAUUACGAUACUGAUCAAUCUAAAAAUUUAUCACCUGGUUCCAGUCCACCCAGAUAUAAUUUCGGGAACGAAGUUACUAUUUGUCAUGUUUCUCCCAAUAAUGCUAACUGUAUAACAGCUCAGAAUUUAAGUGUACAUGACUCCAAAGGGGAGUUAGAUUUGUCAGUAUACAAGUCUUCGUAUGGUUUGGAAACGUCUACGUUCCAUUCAAGAAAAGAUUUGAAAAUGAAACUUUCCUUGGAACCUGAUCAUAAGCAGUUGUAUGUCCUUGAAGUGGAAGACAUAUCCCGUAAUUUAAACAAAAGUAUUUUUAACGAAGAUGGCAAAUAUGGACUUUUUUCGGCUGAUGCGGCUCAAGUGGACGUUGUAGAACCUCGGGAUUCAGAAAAUAAAACCAUUAAUGAAAAUACUUCUGAUGAAAAAUACGCAAAUUCUGAUUUAGACUUACCAUUUCGUUCUAAAUAUUCUGACUCUGAAUUGGAUACGCGCAACAAGCAAUUGGAGUUCGAUUUAAAUUUCAGAUCGAAAUCGUACGAUCUUGCCAGUGAUUUAUUGCAGAUUAGAAGUGGCUACGAAAAUAAUUUAGAUUUAGAUUUUCGAAAUAAGAAUUAUCCUUCCCUAGACAAUGCCGAUCUUAGAAAUAAAACUUACGAUAAUAUCGAUACCGAAUUACGCGCAGAUCGAAAUUUCGAAUCUUUAGUAUUUACACCAGCAGACCUACAAGGUAUAGAUAUGACAGCAAGAAGUUUUCAUAAUUACCAUGCAUCGAGUGCAGCAGCUGCCAGCCUUAACAGGUACCAUCAUUUGUAUUCUGAUGUAGAAAGAGCCACCAUUGAUUUGCGUAUGAACUACAGUCCUCCUCCUCCUCCUCCUACUUAUUCCCACUCUGACGUCUUAAGGGUGGUAUCGUUAGAUUUGACGUCACCGGGAAGACACACGGUCGAUUUAAGCUUAAGAAGUAAUCCAUUGCAUGCUCAUCAGAUUCCUAACACUCGAUUGUUGACAGAGCACAAUUUACCAUCAAGUAGAUUAUUGUCAGAAUCAGGAAGAAUUAGUCUGGACCAAAAUCGUUUAUUAACAACCGAUUUGUCUUCCUCUAGACAUUUGGAAACGCAUUCUAGAUUAUUGAACGUUUCUGAACAAAAUAAUCGAGUUCUUUCCGAUCAUAGUACCAAUCGAUUAUUAUCCAAUGAUCAAAGCGAUUCGUCGCACUUUGGGACUGUCGAACAGGCCAGAAUGAUAGCCGACGAUACGCGUUAUUUAAACGAUCAAAGUAGACUAAUUGAGCCGGGACGGUUACUUUCCGAUGUCCGUAUCCUACCUACAGUCCCUAACGGAUCUUUGUCUCCCAUUCCUUACCCAAACUAUUCUGUAUCUCCUACGCCCUAUCAUCCCCCUGUUUUGACCGCCAGGCCGCACGUUACUUCACCCACCCCAUCGCCUUAUCAUCAUUAUUCUUCUUAUUAUUAGGUUACAAGAUAGAUGAACAAAAACGAACUUUUAAUUCCUUUUCUUAAUAUAAAUAAAAUGUCUUAGUAGCAAGACAAUGGAAAGGUGAAAUAAAAUGGACUUUGAUCAAUGCCUUUUUUAUCGUACUCUUAAAAUAAAUGUAUAAUUAUUUUGUUAAUUUGCAUAAUAUCCACUGCCAUCUAGCGAUGCUAAUUAUCUUAAACAUACUGUAAUGUGCCAUUAUUAAAAACGUGAAAUUUCAUUUUUGUUAUAAUGCAAUCUCUUCCUUAAAAGUGAAUUAACGUUUUAUAUAAGCUGAAAAGAAACUUAGUUUUUGUAAAUGCAUAUUUUCUUUUCAAAUGUAUGAAGGUAUACGUUUGUUUGAAUAAUGUAAGAGUUGUUUUACUUUUUUUGUAUCUGUUGUUUAUAAAAUAUGUUAAU